GCUGACGGACCGUUGCUAUGGGAACGGAGCUAAUGAAGCUAAGUGAGUCAAAACGAGAAAAACACAGUGAAAACGCGCGUCUAAACUGCUCUGUUUGUGGAUCGAAGGGUUGAAAAACUUCAGUGUAGUCGGACAGGAGUGUUUAUUAACCGGUGAGAGGACGUAAAAAGACGCACAGUGGACAAAAAAAAAAAAAAAAACAAGAAGACGAGGAGAAAAAGAUGUAACCAAAGCCCCGGAGCAUCAGAGAUAAACGGUUUACCGCGAAUCCACCGACUCAGUCUCUGCCUCAACAUCCACCGAAACAAAACCACCAGAACUAAACCAUCCAGGUCCAAAACGGGGCUGGACCAGGACCAGACCAGGACCAGGAUCAGCGGAGGAGCGGUGUGUUCAGGUCGGAUCAUGUUGGACUCGGCCGUGGCUCUGGCUCUGUUCCCAUGGCGACCCCUGAUCCCUCGGUGACCCCUGACCCCUCGGUGACCCCCGCGUGCGACCCCCCCUCCUCCUCCUCCUCGCAGCGCCCCCCUCUGGCCGCUAAAGCCCUGAGCGACGCCUUCGUGGGUCUGAGGUACCGGGACACGUCCUUCCUGAUCUGGAGUCAGCAGCAGCUCCAGGCCACGCCCCCUCACUCGUACCUGAGCCGCUCGCAGCACACCUGGUACAGUAACCACGGCAACCAGCCCGUCCUGGUCCCGGACCGGCUCCAGAGACCCCAGACCGAGUCCAGGAUCUGCUCCGUGCAGUAACACCACCAAGUGUAGAAGUGGAGAAACACACACAGGGUUUUUCAAAGGUUUUUUUUUAGAUUUAGUGAAACAUGUUUUGUGUCUGUUCAAAGUUAAACUACAGGACAGACAUGUUUCAUUUGACUGUUCUAACAGCACAACUCUGGUGUGAGGAGUUUACAGUUUGUUGAUAGUUCCAGGUCGUUUUUGCUCUUGGACAUGUUCAGAGUCUCAGUCCCUCCUCAAGUCCAGACUCUGAACUCUGAGGCCCGAGUGUCACAAAAGGUCAGGGGUCAUCACACUUUUAUCUGUGUGUUUAAAUCAGACGUGAUGAUGCACAUUUCCACUGUGCCUCAGAAAAACAGACGCAGCGUGGAUUUGAUUUUAAUUUCAAUAAUGUGUCGUAAAAAAAAAAAAAAAAAAGGCAAAAAAUAAAGUGACUGCACCUGCCCCACCUCAGAGUCUCAUCAAACCUGUCAGGAGCAAAGGUCCAGAUCUGAGCCUGGACCAUGGAUCAGGAGCAGCACCUGUCAGGACCUCUGUGUGUGUUUAGACCAGUGCUUCUCAAAUAGUGGGGGCGCCCCCCCCUGGGGGACCUCGGGGAACAUGCUUUUUUAUUUUUUUAUUUAGAUUUUUUUUACUGUCUUAAGGGCCGUUCACACCAAAGCGUCAAAAAACGCCUUGACGUCUCUAUUUGGAGCCUUUGCAUUUGAGUUUAGACGCCCCGACGCGCGUCUUUGACGCCAUGGACGAACGGGACAAAAAUACUUGACGCGCGUCCGUUGCCCUGGAAACAAAAGCCCGGUCCCGGUCUUUUCCCGAAACAAUGUCAGACCA